CAAGCACACCCAAGAGAGAGGAAGAGGCCUGCAAGCAUCAUUCUUCCACGGUCAAGGCAAGCUCAAGCAAACAAGAGACUCAAGGAAGAAGAAAGAGUUGUAAAAGUAGGGAAAAACCUUGUGGAUUAAGGAACUUGUCUACGGUGUUCCUAGUGCUUUCACGAAGUUCAAAAAGUCGUCGGAGUUGUCGUCGGAGUUCAACAAAGAUCGCCGGAAUUCAACCGAGAAGGGUAAAACUUCUUAAAGCUCAUUCAAGAUCAAUCGAAGUCAGUUCGGGCGGUCAACAGGCCAUUGACCGUGGAGAAGACAGUGGACCACCACCGGUUUGGGCUAUAACCGGUGUAAGUUCAGUUCGUAUACCAUACGACCGUCCUACCUUGAGCAUCAUGCUCCCACUCCCAAAAUGACGUAGUUUUGAUCAAAUUUAAAAAAAAAAAAAGAAUCGCGUGAACAGUACACGCGUGAACAUUAUUCUUUUUCAUCUCAGUAGCAUGAAUGAUGUAACUUGUGCAUAAUUAGAUGUAACUCGUGUUGCUAUAAAUGUAACUUCAGUUAACAACAUAUGUAACUUGUGCUCUGAAAUGUAACUCAUGUUUAAUGAAAAAAAGGAGUUUAAUUGUCC